AUGCAAUGUGACCCUUUCAGUGCGCAGGCCAUCGGAGAGACAAAGCUGGUGAUCGACCAUGACGGUGGAGCCGACGACGCUAUUGCUAUCUUUGAAGCGUUGCUCUAUGAACAAUAUUUCAAUGGUCCGCAGGUGCUGGCUAUUACGACCACCCACGGCAACGUGCCCGAAGACCAGGCAUUCGUCAACACUCAGAGAAUCCUGAACGUCGCUAAGAGGCGAGAUGUGCCAAUCUACAGAGGCAGCAAGAACGCCCUGACAAUCGAUGUACCAUCGGACGAUUUUUUCGGCACCGACGGCCUUGGAGACUUGCCACCCAGACGCAUACGGCCCUUACCAGCACGACCGGGGCAUGCCGCGCUCGCACUCAUAGAAUUGACCAAAAAAUAUCCGGGUGAAGUGAAGGUGGUAGCAGUAGGAUCUUUCACCAACAUUGCUCUGGCCAUUCGUUUAGAUCCCACAUUCCUGAGCAGAGUGAAAACACUGUAUUUGGCUGAUGGACGCGAAGCAUCAACACCAAAAUUUAACGUAGAGCAAGACGUGGAAGCUUACUACGCGGUGGCGAAGGCGGCGACGCCGGGUAAAGUCACCAUCGUCUAUUACCGAAGUCAAAUUAAUAUCACCACGGAAUGGCGCAGAAACGUCUUAGGCAGUCUACCAACUGUAAAGAUUCGAGCCCUCAACACUUUUGAAAGGAUAUCACUAAACUCAGCCGAACAAGCACAGUUCUGGUACCCGUUGGACCCCCUGGUUGUGGCUACGGCGCUCAACGAGGACUUAGUCACUGAAAUUCAGUAUGCUAAUAAUAGUGUUGUGUUGUGUGGCGACCAAAGAGGCGUGCUUAUUAACAACUUCACGUCGGAGGAAAAGGCGAACGUCAGAGUUUUCCAUGAAAUUAACUCGAGAAAGUAUCAAACUUACUUGUAUUCCGUUUUUGCUGCCGAAGUGAAAUAAUUGAAUACCGAC